AUGGACGCUCAGUAUGUGCAGAUGAUGGAGCAGCUGCAGCGAGAGGGAGCGGGGUCUUUCUCGGGAUGUACGGAUCCAAGUGUGGCUGAUGAGUGGAGAGAGCGGAUGGAGGAUAUUUUCCAGUCGCUUCGGUGUCCUGACCGGUAUAGAGUAGAUUUGGCAGUGCAUUACCUGUCAGGAGAUGCACGUGUGUGGUGGAGGUCGGAGGCUUUUGACCGCAUGGAGGCACGGUUCUUGGGGUUGACUCAGGGGGACCGCACAUUAGUGGUGGUCAGUCCAGCGGCUCGUUCAGAAGAGACAUUGGAGCAGAGCAUUCUGAGCAAGGAUAGGCAGUUGGAGCAAAGGUGUAAAAAGAAGCGGAAAGAGAAGACAGUGGCAAACCAAGGUGGCCAGGGAUGCUAUGGGCGCGGGAGCACGGAUCACGUGUCGGCAAGCGGUCCCAGGGGAGGUGACUCGCAGGAGUACCGUCGAGUGUGUUAUCAUUGUGGGGAGGAGGGGCAUAUCAGGCCUUUCUGUCCUAAGAGGAGGCAGAUGAUGGAGGUUGCGGUGCAGCCAAAGGGAGGAUCGGGUGUUCAUUAUGGCGCUUAG